AUGUUUUCCUACAAAAUCGAUCGUUACUGGACACUUCUGAAAGGCACUUAUGAGAUUUACUCGCCCUUAUCUGCCACAUAUCGAUCCCUUAUCGCGGACAUCGUUACAUUGAAAUCGAUUCACAGUUCAGCUUUCUCCGCCCACGAGCCGACAAAUUGCCAGGUCGUUCUUGUACAGGGUCACUAUCUUUCCUUCCUACCGCUGUGUUCCAGGAACGAACCGGUCUUCUUGGCGACUUGCACCCCAGUUGCAAUGCCGGAGACCAGGGAGUGCGUAGUCCAAGGAGCUACCAACGUUUUUACCACCAUUCACUCGAUGGACAUGAAGUUCGUCCACGUCGAUAGGAAGUAA